AUGAUGCACAACUACUCGAAGAUGAACAUGCUAGUUAUGGAGCUGAAAUCUGAGGCGCUAAAAGAACGCCAUUGGCGUCAGAUGAUGAAGGAACUACGAGUUACUUGGAAUUUGUCUGAUUUGACGCUUGGACAGGUCUGGGAUGCUGACUUACAACGUCAUGAACAUGCCAUCAAGCAGAUUUUGCUCGUAGCUCAGGGAGAACUUGCUUUGGAAGAGUUCUUGAAACAGAUGAAAGACUUCUGGCAAUCAUAUGACGUCGAACUGGUUAACUAUCAGAAUAAGACUAGACUCAUCAAAGGUUGGGAUGAGUUGUUCAAUAAACUGAAGGAACAUCAGAAUUCUUUGGCUGCGAUGAAGCUGUCGCCAUACUACAAGCAGUUCGAAGAGAAUGCCCUGUCAUGGGAAGAGAAACUGAAUCGUAUCAGUGCUAUGUUCGAUGUCUGGAUUGAUGUGCAACGUCGAUGGGUCUACCUAGAAGGUUUAUUCUCUGGAUCGGCCGAUAUUGCCACCUUACUGCCUAUUGAAAGCGCUCGUUUCUCGAGUAUCUCCACGGAAUUCUUGGCACUGAUGAAGAAAGUCACGCAAUCGCCGCGUAUCCUUGAUGUGGUCGGUAUGCAAGGAGCUCAACGUCUUCUUGACAGACUUGCGGAUAUGUUGUCAAAGAUCCAGAAAGCACUGGGAGAGUAUCUGGAAAGGGAAAGAGCAUCAUUCCCAAGAUUUUACUUUGUGGGAGAUGAAGAUCUGCUUGAGAUUAUGGGUAAUAGCAAGGAUAUCACACGUCUGCAAAAGCAUCUCAAAAAGAUGUUCGCUGGUGUUACAGCCAUCGAUGUUGGAGAGGAGGAUCGCAUAGUAAGUAUAGAAAUUGAUUAG